GUCAAUGACAUGGCAGACGAUGCUAAUGAAGAUAGCUGGUUAUAUGGAACGUCAAAUCCCGAUUCCACAACAAAUGAGGAAGAACGCAGUGAAAGUGUGACUGAUGGAGAUGCCGGCUUUCAAAAAGACAACAUACAACUCACCUCGAAGUCGGAAAACGAGGCAUUAGCUGCAGUCAUUCAAGGAGAUGACGUUAACAGAUCUCAACACAAAGAUGAUGAGCCUACCGAGGAAGCCGAUUUGGUGGAAUUUGAAGAUCCUGCACAUGAAAUGGAGGAGGACGAGGAAGCAACAGCAGCAGCGACUGCUGACACAACAGAAGUUGGCGAAAAGCAAGAGAUGAGAGAAAAAUCUGGCGAGGACUCGGAGAAUGAAGCAGAAGAUGACGAUGAUGAGGAGGACGACGACGAUGAUUCUGAUGACGAUAUAAAUGUCGUAAUUGGCGAUAUUAAAGCGGCACCUAGCACUUUUAAUAUAAAGCAACGAUCAAAUUUAUUGGCGGCAACGUCAGGCCAGGAAAAAAUAAAGACUACUGCGCAGGUGGGAAAGUUCUCUAUUGAAGAUUUCGAAGGGGCAGGUACAAUAAAUGGCGUAGCUGCCCAUGAAUUUAGCAUAGAUUCACUGGAGGACAAGCCUUGGAGAAAACCUGGUGCUGACAUCACUGAUUAUUUUAACUACGGCUUCAAUGAGGAAACUUGGAGAGCUUACUGCGAACGCCAGAAAAGGUUUAGGGUGGUUGAAAGUGGUGUAGGCUUAGCCAGUUUAACACAGAAUCUUAAUCCACCCGGUGAAAAGGCGAGUGACGGAAAUAUUCCAAUUGCCGGACAACAACCGGCAAUGGCACCGCCAGGUCAUACGCCUCCCGGGCAUUUAGAUCACAUGCAAAUGCCUCCGCCUGGAAUGAUGCCACCUCCGGGACCACAUCAAGGUCCUCCUACGAGGUUUGGAAUGCCGCGUGGGCCCAGACCCAUUUUACCCAUUCCAGGUGCAAAAGAAAACGCUAUACAAGUGAUGACAGCGGAAUGUAGGGAAUAUUCAAGAACCGGUCAAAUGCCACCAAAUUUUGCAGGGCCUGGGGGAGGAGAAGAACAGUUUUUCCAUGAACCUGAGCCUUUCGACUACGGCUACGAACCUACUCAAGACUCACAAUGGGGAAGGGAAAAUCCAAACUGGGUACCAACUGGUAUUAAAGAACUUACUCCAGGACCUAAUCCGGUACAAACGCCACCACAACAGAUGCCAGGUCCCCCAGGUAUGUUACCAAAUCCUAUGGGCGUACCGCCACCUCAAAUGUCCGGUCCUCCUCCACAAAUGCGACAUCCCCAACAAGGUAUGAUGCCACCACCAAAUAUGGGUAUGGUUCCACCACCAAUGGGUAUGAUGAUGGGUCCUGGUGGCCCACCAAUGAGAAUGCCAAUGGGGCCACCGAGAAUGAUGGGUCCAAACGGACCCCCACCGGAUCGUAUGGAGGACGACAGAGAAAGAAGGCGACGCGAAAGGGAAUGGGAGCGAGAGAGAGACAGAGAUAGAGAAAGGUACAAAAUCAAAACUAAGAGGAAAUAUGAACAUUUUCCCCUUAUUUACAGAUCCAGGAGGGAACGGUCAAGAAGUCGUGAAAAAUCCCGUCGUAGAUCCAAAUCUAGGGAGAAGGAUCGUGAAAAAGAUAGGGAAAGGGAGCGCGACAGAGACAGGGGUGAUCGUGAAAGAGAUAGAGAUCGUAAUGAUAAAGAUGACACUGAACGUUCCGAUGAAGAACGUGAAAGGAGAAGAAGGGAUCGAGAUAGAGAUCGUGAGCGAGAUAGAGAUCGUGAAAGAACACGACGAGAACGAUCAAGAAGUCGGGAGAAAUCUCGACGUCGAUCCAAGUCCCGUGAAAAGGAACGGGAUCGUUCUGGUAAAUCUGCUACAACAACGACAUCGUCAUCAUCCUCAUCAAGCCGCAGUGAUAAGAAAAAAUCUCAUCGCAAGGAGGAAGAAGAAUAA